UGUGUAGGUGUACUGUGACAUGGUCUCAGAAGGAGGACGGUGGACGGUGUUCCAGAGGAGGAUGGACGGCACGGUGAACUUCUACAGGGGCUGGGAUCAAUACAAGACCGGCUUUGGUAACCCUGCUGGAGAGUACUGGCUCGGUCUCCAGUCUCUCUUCUACCUGACUAACACGAAAAGGUACGAGCUGCUGGUCGACAUGGAGGACUUUGAAGGAAACAAAGCGUUUGCUCGUUACUCCUCGUUCUCCAUCGACCCAGAGUCCUACGGAUACCCACUGUAUGUUUCUGGAUUCACUGAUGGAGGAGCAGGAGACUCCCUGAGUUAUCACAACAGACAGAGGUUCUCCACCUUCGACAAAGACUUGGACUCCUGGGAGGGGAACUGUGCCAAAUUAUUCGUGGGGGCAUUCUGGUACAACAACUGUCACGCUACAAAUCCAAACGGUGUUUAUCGUUGGGGGGAGGACAACACUCUCUAUUAUAUUGGAGUGGAGUGGUUCACUUGGAAAGGUCGUAACUACUCCCUGAAGACCAUCAGCAUGAAGAUCCGUCCUGUGCAAUAGUCUUCGUAAAAAAUCUUCGUAGUUCAGGACAGCCAGUUGAUGUUUG